UUCCUAUAAAGUGGCCGUUGGACCCACGGAUUGACUAUGUUUUUUACCUACUCGAUCAAAUCAAGAAUGAAGAAUUAUUGUAUCAAAGUACAGUGAUCAAACUCACUCAUAUCUAUUGAUUCAAAGGUCAACUUCCAAAAUUCAAUAAAUCUUGAAACUUUUGUUCCAAUUCAGCUAUGGCAAUAUCUCUUUGCUUCUCUUCCCUCAUUUCAAACACAAAACAAUAUCCAAGAAUCCCUCUUUAUAAAACCAUCAAGCCCAUUUUUACUUUGACAAGGCCAAAAAUUUCUAACCCAAAUUUUCAGAGCAUUAGAUGUGUUUCUGAAAAUGCUCAGAAUCUUGAUGUGGUUCCAGCAAAAUCCAGAUGGGAAAAUUGGCUGUCAAUUGGAGCAAGUCUUUAUCCUGUUUAUGUUACUGUUGGUGGGGUUGUUGCCUGUUUAAAGCCAUCCACUUUUUCAUGGUUUGUCAAGUCUAGUCCUACUUCAUAUAGUUUGGCUCUUUGGUUUAUAAUGCUUGCUAUGGGUCUUACUUUGGAGAUCAAAGAGUUGCUCAAUUUGUUAUUGCAAAGGCCUCUUUCUAUUCUGUUUGGUUGUGCGGCUCAGUAUACAAUUAUGCCAGUCUUGGGACUGAUUCUCAGCAAAUUUUUGGGUCUCUCUCCUUCAAAUUCAGUUGGUCUGAUAUUGCUUGCUUGUUGCCCUGGAGGUACAGCAUCCAACGUGGUGACCUUAAUUGCUCAAGGAGAUGUUCCGCUAUCAAUAGUGAUGACAGCAUGCACCACUAUUGGUGCAGUGCUUCUCACUCCCUCCUUGACAAAAAUUCUAGCAGGAACUUAUGUUUCUGUGGAUGCUAUUAAGCUUUCCAUCAGCACGCUCCAGGUUGUGGUUGCUCCAAUCCUCCUAGGUUCUUAUAUGCAGCACAAAUUUCCGAAAGCAGUGAAAAUUGUUACACCUUUUGCUCCCCUUCUAGCUGUCUUAGCUACAUCUCUUGUAGCUUCCAGUAUAUUCUCUGAAAAUGUUGGUUGUCUGAGAUCUUCGGUGGUUGGCAUAUCACUCUCUUCUGAUUUGCCUGUACUCACUCGUGCUCAGAAUUUGCUAACUAGUGAAUUUGGGCUCGUUGCGGUGUCUGUUGCAUCGCUUCAUUUUGCUGGUUUCUUUGUUGGGUAUCUUUCUGCUGCUUUGGUUGGGUUCAGCGAACCUCAAAGACGGGCUGUAUCUAUCGAGGUGGGCAUGCAAAAUUCUGCCUUGGGAGUGGUUUUAGCGACCUCCCAUUUCUCCUCCUCACCAGCAGUUGCAUUACCUGCUGCAACUUCAGCGAUCAUUAUGAACAUAAUGGGUAGUUGUUUAGGUUUCUUUUGGAGAUGUACUAACCCUCCUCAACCAAAGAUUAGUCUUGAAGUGACUGAUAAAUUAUGAAUAUUCAUGGUGAACCAUAGUGUUCUGUUUCUUCAUAUUUGUACAACUAUCGUAUAUUUUUUGUUUU